AUGAAUCCUCCGUCAGCGUCGCUUCGUACUCCACUACCCACCCAACCAACUACGCACGCUGCGAACGGCGCAUCAUCAGCUCCAUCCUUACGCGCCGUAGCUCCUGCGGCGAGCAUCGAGACCACGAUAGACGAACGUGCACCCAACAUCGCGGGGCUCCAUCCUCCAGGUAGUUCCUCAACGCUACCAGCCCAAGCCCCUGCGGCUGUAGAUCUGCCUGCAUGGCCCCUGCCCCUCGCCACCGAUCCCUUCCAUCACGGGGCAUACAUUGCAAUGCUAUCUCUCGCGGAGAAGCUCGGGGCUCCUGUCAAUCACCAACUCCUCGCGUUGGCCCUGGUCCCCACUUUAGCGCUGUACCCAGGAUCCGUUCUGCGUUCCGACAACGAUCCAGGCGUGCCUCUCGCCCAGGAUAGCGCGGCGCCCUCGACUACGGUACCCCCAUCGACGAUGCCUUCGAGGCGGCACACCACAUACUAUACGGCAGACCGCCCUGCGCCUCCAGCGGCGAUGGCUACAGUCCCUUCACCGGCAGUUUCUGUGCCUUCAGCGGCAAGUUACGUGCCUUCGUCUGCAGUCUCUGUGCCUCCACCGGCAAGUUCUGCGGCUCAAGCGACGACAAACCCGACGCCCGUCUCCGGUCAGCGUGUUCAGCGUACGCUCAAUGGCUCUGUGAUUACGACCUCGACUGCGGUCCCUAUGUCGACCUCGACCUCUCAAGAGAACAACACCCCGACCACGCCCACGGGAAAUGAUUCGACGGACGCAGCGAGUGCUAACAUGGACGAUACUUCCGCGCCACCUCAAGAACGCAAACGCAACACGGGUGGCAAAAGAGUCUGGUUGAGGAUCGAGAAGGCGAAGGUGCGGGAUGCUCUGCGGGCUGCUGACGCGCGUCGUGCGGAACAAAGUAAGGCAGAUGUGACCGGAGGAUGA